AUGACUUAUGAUCUAACUCCAUUUGAACAGAACUUUACUCCGUUGAUCCAGUAUGCCACACACUUUGAGCAAUACGAAGAAAAUGUCCGGCAUUUUCGUGUCCUCCCAGACGCUAUUGCCGUCUUGAUAGAGUACAUAUCCAUGGAGAUGACGAGGUCUGCUGCGGCAGCAAAGGACUUGCAGAACCAGAUAAAUAAGGCAGCCACUGAGAUUUCCAUAGCUAUAAGGACGCUGAUGUUAACCCAGUACCGUCUUACUCAAAGAGCGCUUUUUAAGCUUAUCACCGCAUUGUGCUUCGAAGGAUCUAAGGUUCCCCGACGCCUUUUGCGGAAUGGAUGCCAGAUUCUAAUGGCGCGGCACUUGGAAAUACACAGUCUAGAUCACAGCACAGAAGACACCUGUCUAACAGAUUGCAUAGGCGCUAUGAUAUCGGUUGACCCCAAGGGUAUUUCUACAGCAAUAAUCAAUGCCGUAGCGUCGAUUGCCACGGAUAAGGCAGAUGCUUUGCAACUAGAGUGUAUGGCGCUAUGCCAGCAGAUGGUUAUAUAUGGAGUUAGUAAUUCAGAGCCUGCCAUGCGCGUAUUCUUUGACCAACUGACUGAGCCUGAAAGAAUUAACGAAGUGUAUAUUAAUUCUGCCGUUAUUCUGAGGCUCAUAUCCUCCAAAAGAACCCCUGAAGAGGACACAAAAAUAAAGCACAACGUAGAUAGACUCCUUGUUCCGUUAUGCACGAAGACGGAGAUACCUGAUGAUGAUGAGGAGACUCAGAAUAGACCCUCCAAUACCGAGUAUUUACGUGAAGCAGAAGACAUACAGAGAGACCUUGAUGAUGUUGCCCUAAAGCUCAGGAUUUUGGAGUCCAAUAGACAGACAAUUGAAAAAGCAAUCCAGAACACUUCCGAUAUGAUGCUUGCACUUUCCGAAGAGCUCGAUUCCACCAACAACUCUAUACGCAAUUUGUCACAUAUUGUCCACAAUUAUCAGAAAAUUCUAAAUACUCUCGGUGAUGAUAGCUCUAAACAUCAAUUGGAGAUCACUACACGGAAAGACCUCCUAUCAGCUCAGCAUUCUCAUCAAAUUGAAGAUCAUAAGAGAGCAGAGUUAGAGAGUAAGCUGGUGCAGAUUCAAUCCGCAAAAACUGCAUAUAUAGAGAAGUACACUGGCCUGUCAGCACAGAUUGAAGAGUUACAAAAAAGGGAAUCUGCUCUCUAUGAAGAGAUUAGACAAAAGAAUGGAGCGCAGCAACGAGCCAUGGAUAUGUUUUUUGUGAGUGAGGGUUUGCGACCAGGCCACCCCGCUGAUAAGCAUGCUAAGACAGAUGUUCACGGUAAGAAGCAAAGGAGUCUCAACACAGGUCCGUCCUCCCUUAAAGCAGGUGGCUUUGGAGCAUCCACAGCACUAGCAAAUGAUGCAGAUGCAUCCAUAACCCAAGUGGGGAAAAAGCUUAUCUCUCAUAUGUGCCGUGUGCGACAAGAAGCAGUUGAUGCGCGACUUAAAAAGCAGCCCCAGAACUUUGAGUACCAGUCCGGUUCUAAAACAGUUCGAGUUUCGUCACGGACAGAAAUCACUAAACAUCUUUUGUACUGCCUUCUAUCUACUCAUACCGGCCUUCUAUAUUUAUUGUCUCUGCCGUGCGGGCUUAAGGGGGUAUUGAAUAAUCUUCUAACGCUCAAAGACUUCGAUGGGACAAAGCGAGCUAUCUAUGAACUCUUAUUUGAUAUCCUUGGAGAUAAACGUAUAUUUAAAUCUCGGUUUAUGCAAAAGUUUGUUAGUCCAGCACAGCUCCUUUCUCUGAAGAAUAGUACAACAUAUCCUAGUACGGAAUUGCAUAGAUUUCAAAGUGCCAUUGCGCUGACUGAGCUAAGCUUGUCAAACUCCCCAGGAAACAAGUUGGGAAUUCAACAGACAAAGAGUACUGCAGGGCUGCGGCUGGCAGAGACUAAGGGAAACCUAUUAACGAGCACAACGACUUUGCGCAGCAAGCAGAAAGCCAACACCUCAGCCCAGCUUCAGCCAAGCCAUCUGCGGUACCUAUCUAACUUCGUUAAUGAAUCGUCCCAGACCAAUAGCGUUAUUGAAUCCCAGGAGGUUCCUGUUGCUCAGCGUUCUAGCUAUAGCAGUAAGGGAUGCCCCGGCCUAGGCGAUGUGUACAUGUACAGUUCAUCUAACUAUGGUGCUCUUGCAGCUCUUGCAAUGGAGAUCAGUCCUAACUUUAGCAUGACGAUGAGUGCCUCAUUUUCUGGUAUGGUGACGUCAGAACUUAACUUGCUAGAACUCCUGUUUAUCGACGAGCUAUACCUUGCCUCUCUGGGCUGUCCGUCUAGCUAUGGUAGCUACACCGAUAGUGACAUCACAGCAGACCACAUGAUGUGGGUCUUAAUAACACUAGCCAGAGCUGGGCUCGUUGAGGUGCUCUGCUGGGAGCUAAUGUCCGAUUCCUCUAUGUCAUACGGACCUGCUCUCAUGCUGCUCACGCUCUUCCUGUCUAAGUGUGUCCAGCUACUCCCAAGAACUUACUCUAAUCCUAUCAUCUCUUUAUCCAGUCUAAUCAGCUAUUAUAUUGGCAACUUGUGUGAAAAGAGCAAGGCCAAUCUCAACACCACAGGGCUUUCUAGGCUGUGGUCAGGCUCCAGCUCAGGCUCUCUUGCAUACAAUUCCUUCUUAAAUUUCCAGCGCUCGAUCUCUAUUUAUGCAGAGAUGUACGAAUUUGUGUUUACUCAAGGAUACUUUAAUCAGUAUGUCAAUCAGAUUAAUCUUUCUCAGCAGCAAAUUGACCUUCACCAUUACAUACAUGAAAAGGAGCUCGAGCGGCAUGGAAAUAACCUUUCAGAAGAUAGUCUGUUUGAACGAUUGCGUCAGCUUGUGGAGACGCGUUCUAAACUGAAGUUUUCAGAUAUAAUAAAGACAUACAUUGCAAUCAAUGACAACGGGUUUGCUAAGAAAAUGUUGAAGGAGCGAAUACUUCACAUCAAUCUAGAAUUGUAUAGAAUUCGUCUUAACUAUUUAGACCAAGCCAUUCAAAAAUUGUUUGUACACCUUACCUCAACAAAGGGCGGCCUAAGAGUAGGGAUUUCGUCCGUUGAGUGCAAGACUGGUUUUGAUUUCUAUUACUUUCGUAUUGACUCUUUUCUCAAGUCAGGAGAACUCAGCGAUUAUCCCAGCUACUGGGGAUGGAACUCAAUAUCGGCACUCAUUGGUUUCCUCAGCAAUCAGUUCGGGCAUGCAGGAGAAACACAGGCAGAAGUUAAGUCUGUGUGGACCAAGGUAACACCCAUUUUUGAAAAUAUUCUUAGCUUCAUGGAUGGAACUAUAAAGCAAUCUCAUGACUCGAUACAGAAAUUGAAGCGUGCUAACUACAAGAAGCUCAAUCUUGAUGCCGCUACUUCGAUAACCAUGGCUAACUUACCAGAAGGAUUUACCGAAGAAAGGACCGGGGCCGCUGGGUCAAAGUCGCUUGUUCCUAUCGUUGCUGGGUACACACCCGGGUCCGCACCGUCUACUUUACUGUUGCAAUCCAUCGGUGGAGAUCAGGAUAGCUCCGAAAUGCAGAGUUUAGAGCUGUACAAGCAGUGCAGCGACCUUAAGUUAGGCGCUCUAUUUGAACUACCAGUAACAGAGUAUACACUGUACAUCUGCAGAACUUGCAUAGGCAUGCUCUCUUUACUAGUGCGCCACCCGGAAGGUAUUGCGUUAAUUAGAAAGUCAAGGCUUGCUUCGGUACUGUAUGACAUCUUAGACAGUGCCUCUAAGGAUGAAGGGCUACUCUCAAAGGAAAAUUACAAAGCAAAUCUAUCUUUGGGGGCGGUUGCUGCGAUCGGAGUACUAUCAUCAACAGAUCUAGGGCUUUAUAUAAUGGCGUCAUUAAAUCUAUCAACUGGUCGGACGGACAGUCUUUGGAAGCCAAUCAAGCAACUCAUCAAGCAAGAUACACGACCAGAAUUGGCUCAGCACUUAGUUAUGUCACUAAACUAUUCUGCAUCACUUACCCAAACUUCACUGCUCCCCGGAAUCGUGGAGCUAUAUUCGUCAACCUCAGAAAAAGCCGAUAUCAUGAACCACAGCUUGAGGGAUAAUAAGGAUGAAACUGGAGGAUCAACGAAUGUGGCAAAUAUGCUAAGCCCUGGUGUAGUGGAACAGAAAAGAGCAACACCCGACAAGUCGCUGACAAUCCAUGAUAUUGAUCCCACCGACCACUUUAAUAUCCUAUUCAGUGAGUUGAACAAAGAGUCCCGGGAGUGCAUGGUAGAGGCUCUUAAAAGCAGUAACGUUAGCACGCGAUAUUUUUCGACAUUCCACAUUGCGGCAAUGGUGAGACAGAGACACACGUUUCUCAAGGAAUAUAAUGUUACGUGUCUCUGUUCUUCCUGCCUCUCUGUGUUUGAACACCACUUUGUAGAUCUCAGGUCCCACUCUAUACAACUCAAGACACUCAACGAUGUCUUUUGGGCAGCAGAGUGUUUGGUAGCGCAAUGCCGCGACCCUAUUACCGAAAUAGCAAUCUGUGCCCUUAUUGCCUUAGAGGAGCUUAGUUCUGAAAAGAAUGUGCUUAUUCUUGAAUAUAUAGUGUCACUAAAACCAUCUUUUGUGACAUAUGGUCGAAUAGGAGAGGUUCUUAUCGAACGGUUGGCUUCCUGUCCUGCAGGAUUGCAUUACAUUAAAGAUGAAAAGAACAUUCUUAUGCCUCUACUGGAAUAUUGGGCCAAUGGUCUUGCUCCAGCCAUGGAGUGGACCCUUAAUCUAGAGGCAAGAAUAUACUCGAAUAUUGAUUUGGGAAUUGCACAGAAUUACUCCUUGCCAGCUUUUUUCCAAGAAAAAAUUCCAUAUAGAGUUAGGGGGGACGCGGCAUCAUUAACCUUUUACAAAGCUGACGAGCUAAUGUAUGACCACUUGGUGAUGCCACAUCACACACGUUUAGGAAGGUCUAGUCUUUAUCUGCCCUACUCGUCGAUUGACAUGCCACCUGCGUUUCGUGAGCUGUUCAUUGCCAACACUGGACAGAUCAGGGAGAAGGACACCGCUAGCAGUACGUCGAUUGGCUUCGAAAGGCCUGCCUCAGCGCUAUCCUUUUUGACAACAGAGGCAAUGACCGGACGGCUAAAUAAGGGCAUGUCUAACCCGUGUGGUUUCUUCAGCGACUAUAUGAAUCAGUAUAAUGGUCCGGAUUCCUCUCAUCGAAACAGAGUGUCCAAUAUUCUACCUACCCACCUCCGUCCAUGCCUUCUAGCAGAACUGGCCAAAACGCCACAAGGCUGUGAGCUGAUUAUCAAGACAGGCAUCUUCAAGACAAUCAUGGAGAUAUUGCUCAACCCUGUAGAAAAUCGAUUUACGCUACAGUAUAGAGCAUCUCUCUGGUCAAUUGCCUUCAUUGCCCAGUCAGAGGCAGGCUUCAAAGAGAUAAUUGCAAAGGCGUCACUGGAUCCCUCAUGCAACUAUUUGCGACAAGAUUCUAUCUCAAUUAGUAAUGAAACAUUGGACGGUAAUGACGAUGAAUCAAUCCAUUCGGUGUAUACAUGCCACAGCGUUGCUAGCAGCUUCAUCACCGCGGGAGAACAGUCUGGAGUCACAAAUUGGAACCCAAUAAACUCCAUGACUAAUGCGUUCGGGGGUACUGGUCUGAUCAGUAAUAUUCCCGGCUACCAGCUUACAGGCUUAAGCCUUGGCGACGCCCCCAUGCUUAGUACACGCGGAAAACUGAUGCACACAGUUUGUAGUCAUAGAGGAGGAACGAUUUCAAAUAUAUUUAAUAAGACGAGCUGCUCAACGUCUCAUCUCUACGAAACAUCCUCACAGUGUUCUGCUUCUAAUGAAUCAUUUAUCCACUACAAGCACGAUUGGAAAUUUCCGCCUCUUCUUUUACACCUCCUGCACAAUCUGGCAAUUUUUUCAGAUUCAUAUAAGGUUAAACAAACCGCAACCCUUUGUAUAAGCCAUUGCUGCCUCAAUGCCCGUAUAAGGAGUUACUUUGUUGAUAAGUUAGGCUGGGAGGUCACUCGUCUAUCACGUUCUGGCGAGUCUUACGGAUGCCUCCCGCCUGUGGAACUGUUUGAUACAUUUUACCGUGCCAAACUCCUUUCAAAUGAGGAAGUGGAAACCUUUAUUAUGACCCCCCUCAGGAGCAUACACAGUAGUCACACAACAAUGACGCAGACAGAGGGUGUCUCUGUUGCUAACAGUCAUGCUCGCGGGACCCCCCACGAGGACAACCACCAUGCUGGGGGACGCUCACACAAUAUGUUGAUGGAUACCUCACUGCAUAUCGCAAACAUGGCGGGUGCAAACAUUAACAUAGGAAUGAGCAUCGCGUCGUCUCUAAAUUUUCGAGAACGGAUGCCCGUACACCAACAGUCUUCUUCUGCUCUAUCACUAAAUAUUACAGACGAGAAGAUGGAAGAAAUAAAGACGUUGCUAAAGUAUACCACUACCACAACAAGCCCUUUGCCAGUCGAGCUAUCUAGUGACAGCGCAGUCGAUUACAUUUGGCUCAACUUGGAGAAUAUUUAUGACAAGGAUUUUGUUCUAAGGACGUUCAAGCUUGAAGAGAGGUAUAAGGCGCUUGGGCUGAUAGAGGUGCCCCAAAAAGAUGAAAACGAUCAGCCUAAAAAGCUGCAAUCUACCCCUACAAAUGAACUAGACACCCCCGUAAAAACUCCACUGCACAUUAUGGCUACUAGGGGGACAGCGCGAAUUAAGGGCAUGAGGCUUAUGCAGGCAGACAGCUACGUUACUAAUCCUCGAGCAUAUUUGCCAUGCGGCUGCACAGCAGGCAUUAUUAUUUCUAAGGCAAGUAUAGACGCUAGACUCCAACAACCCACUAGCCAGAUGGUACCAAGCGGUCAAUUACUUACGGCUGCAUCACUUACAGACAGGUUUCAGGCUCUGUGUCGGAAAUUCAUUGGGUCUUUACCAAAAGAGGUUGCAUUUUAUUUAAUGCAUGAUAAUGAUAACGAAGAUAUUAUCAAUGCAUUCAUACAACAGAUUAGCAUAGAGGGUGCGAAGAUCCAGCGUAGAAACAAAAAGUUCGCCCACGCCAAUGAGCUAGUAGUGAUAUCUAGCCUAAGAAGUGGAGAAAGGCUCAACGUAUUUGAGUCACAGAUACUCAUGUACUGUAAUUACUUGCUGUCUGCGUACGAGCCAGACGUUCAGCAAGCCUCCACUGCUAUCGGAAUCCUUGUCGACAAUUCCAUGCCAUAUAGAAACCCAAACAUAGACUACUGCAAGGCAGAUAAUGUUCCGCGGGAUUCCUUCUUCCUGGUGAUCAGCCAGAUUUUGGCCACGUGGCCCCUACUUCCAAUUGCUCGCCGUGCACUUCUGAAGGUUUGCGACAGACCAACACUCCGAACCCUUAAAGUACUGGAUAGUCUUUCUACCUUUGCCGAGGACAUCGAGAUGACUGGCUUAGCAUAA